GGCUGACUUGACACCCAGAAUGUAAAUCUUGGAGCGAACAGCGUCUCUUUCUCCUUUUGGCAAUGAAUCUGGCGACGUGAAGCCGUCGGGACAGGAGAGGGGUUGUCCUCGCAGGUCGAAAACAUUGCCGGUGUUAUUUGAGAGCUAAUUGCGUGGGUGCUGUGGGGAAUACAGGGGGAGAAACUAGAGGAGAGGGGUAGCCUCCUCGCUGAAGCCCCUCAAAACAGUGGGGAGCUCCAAUCGCCAGUUGUAUUUGACAUCGACUUCGUGCACUUGUAUCCGCGGGCGUGCGACUCCCCCAUGCCUGGAAUGGCUCUAUGGAGGGACUACUGACUGUGAUGUUGUUUAUGAACCGAACUUAGAUUUCAUUAUUUAUGGAUUGACCAGUCUUUUUUUUACAAGGAAAAGAAGAAUCGACGUUUGGGUUGAGCCCCCCUCUCUUCAGUCUGCUCACAACUUACUGGAUGAAAGUCUCACUUGCCUCUGGCAACUGAAGAUGAUGUUACUAUGGAAACAGUUUUUGCUGCUAUCAAUCAUGGAGUGUCUUGCAGAUGGCUCGGAUUAUAAGUCAUUUAACGGCCCCAGAUGGAGGAUGGAGCCCAGUGAUCUGAUUCUCCCAGUGGGGGGGAAGCAGACGGAGGCCACCCUCACCUGUGAUGCCAAGGGCACGCCGCCCCCCCAGUACAGGUGGUCAUUGAACGGUACAUCGAUCGAUCUCAAGACGGACCAGAGGUGGGUCCUGUCGGGUGGCAACCUGAUCAUCAGGGAUUUGGAUCGGGAUCAGGACGCCGGGACCUACCAGUGUACAGCCUACAACCCACACGGCGCCAUCCUCAGCAGGAGGGCCAGCCUCAAGUUUGCAUACUUGAAUUUCAAAAGUCAAGCCAGAAGUGCUGUAUCCGUUCGAGAAGGCCAAGGUGUCGUCUUGCUUUGUGGAACACCAACUUACUCAGGAGACCUUACAUUUGCUUGGGUCUUCAAUGAAUACACUUACUUCGUCCAACAAGACAAUCGCCGCUUUGUUUCUCAGGAGACUGGGAACCUGUACAUCGCUAAAGUCGAGCCGUCCGACGUGGGCAAUUACACCUGCAUCGUGAUGAACCGCGUCACCAGGGAGAGAGUGAGCAGCUCCCCCACUCCUCUCGUCCUCAGGACAGACGGAGCUAUGGGUGAAUAUGAGCCGAAAAUAGAAGUUCAUUUCCCUGACACAGUCCCAGCUGCGAAGGGAUCAGUUGUUACGCUGGAGUGUUUCGCUCUUGGCAACCCAGUCCCAGAGAUCACCUGGAGGCGGGCGAACGGAGUCCCCUUCCCCAGCAAAGUGAAAAUGAAGAACUCCAACGUCGUGCUGGAAAUCCCCAGCUUCCAGCAGGAGGACGCAGGUGGAUACGAGUGUCUGGCCGAAAACAAGAUGGGGAAGAAUGUCGCCAGAGGACGACUCCUAUUCCAUGCGAAGCCCCAGUGGGUCCAGACAAUGCGGGACACGGCGCUGGCCAUCGAGGACCGACUGGUCUGGGAGUGCAAGGCCAACGGGAAGCCCAAGCCCUCCCAUACCUGGCUCAAGAACGGAGAGAUGCUCGUCUCAGAGGAGAGAAUGCAGCUGGUGGACGGCGCGCUCUCCAUAGAGGCGGUAAACCUGUCAGACGGCGGCAUGUACCAGUGCGUGGCCGAGAACAAGCACGGCGUCAUUUAUUUCAGCGCAGAGCUGAUGGUGCUGGCGUCCGCCCCAGACUUUUCCAAGAGCCCACUGCGGACCCUGCAGAAAGCCAAGGCGGGCAGUGCGGUCACGCUGGAGUGCCGGCCCCAAGCCUACCCCAGAGCGAUUAGCCUGUGGAAGAAAGGCGAGGAGCCGCUGCUGACCACCGAGAGGGUAAUUAUUCUUCCUGAUGGAACGUUGAAAAUCACAAAUUUGACAAAGACUGAUGGAGGCACCUACACCUGCCUGGCACAAAACCAGUUUGGGACUGCCAGCACCUCCGGAAGACUGCUAGUCACAAAGCCCACGAGGAUCAGUCAGGGCCCGUCAAACAUGGAGAUCAUUGUGGGCGAGAGCAUCGUGCUUCCCUGCCAGGUGGCGUGCGACCCGGCCCUGGAUGUAGCGUUCUCCUGGGCUUUCAACGGCCAAGUCAUCAGCAAGGUGGACCGACACUUCGAACACGUGGGAGGGCCAACAGCGGGUGACCUGAUGAUUCGGAACAUCCAGCUGAAGCAUGCUGGGACGUACGUGUGUGUGGUGGACACAGAUGUCGAGAGCCUCUCAGCGUCUGCGGUUUUGGUCGUCAAAGGUCCCCCAGGCCCCCCGGACAGCGUGACGGUGGACGAGAUCACGGACAGCACCGCUCAGGUCUCCUGGAAGCCUGGCCCUGACAAUGGCAGCCCCAUCGUGGGAUACAUCCUCCAGACCAAGACCCCUUUCACCGUGGGCUGGCAGGCGGUGGACACAGUCCCUGAGGUGAUCGAUGGGAACACGCUGACGGCCACCGUGGUGAACCUGAACGCCUGGGUGGAGUAUGAGUUCCGCGUGGUGGCACGGAACAGCGUGGGGAUGGGGGAGCCCAGUCCCGCUUCACUCAAGACCCGCACGGAAGAUUCCGUCCCCGACACGGCCCCCACUGAUGUCAGCGGCGGAGGAGGCUCCAAAUCAGAGUUGGUAAUAACGUGGGAGCCUGUGCCUGAGGAACUGCAGAAUGGCGACGGCUUUGGCUACAUCAUCGCCUUCCGGCCGCUGGGUGAGGUCACCUGGACGCACGCCGUCACCUCCACACCCGGCGUGUCUCGCUACGUCUACCGCAAUGACAGCAUCGCCCCCUUCUACCCCUUCAGCGUGAAAGUGGGCGCCUACAACACCAAAGGCCAGGGCCCUUUCAGUGCCGUCACCACCGUCUUCUCUGCCGAGGAGGAGCCCAGUGGUGUGCCAGGCAGAGUAUGGGUCAGAAGUGCCUCUGCCUCAGAGAUCGAAGUGAACUGGCUGCCUCUCGCCGCUUCCUCUCCUGAAAGAGUUCUUGGCUAUGAGGUAGUGUAUUGGGAAGAUGACACCAAGCCUGAGACGAUGGGCAAAGUGCGAGUGUCUGGCAAUCAGACAUCUGUCUAUGUCAGUGGCCUGACGGGCCACACUCAGUACUUUCUGACCGUGAGCGCCUUUAACACAGCUGGAACCGGUCCGCCCUCACCCACAAUCAACGCCACCACCAAACGAUUCUCCCCUGGUCAGGCACCGCAGAAUGUGGAGUGGACCCUCAUUGGCUCCAAGCUCAUCGUGCACUGGGAUCCUGUGGUCGCCAUGGAGAUGGAGUCAGAGGUCACAGGGUACCAGGUGUCCUACUGGAGACGGAGGCACAGAGAAUUGAACAGUGUUACCACAAAUGAGACAACAGUGGAGAUCCUGCUGCCUGCCGAUGAUGACUACGUCAUCCAGGUCAGGGCUCUGAGCGAUGGAGGCGAGGGAAUCCCCACAGAAACCAUCUCCGUCCACAAGCUUAGUAUGAGUGCAAGGGGAUCAGGAGCGUGGCGGCCCAGUUCUGUCGCGUCGCCUCUGCUCGUCUUUGUGGCAUUGUCUACGUUCAAGGCUUCUCUCUAAGGAGGAAGGGGACGGGGGGCCGGGGUGGGGGGGGGACGAAUGGACGGACGUGGCCCUGCUGCUCCUCAUUAUGGUUUCUUCAGAGGACACCUCGGGCAAGUCUUUAUCCUGUUAGUCUGUAGAGGACGUGUCCCUCGGAGGACUGCCUUGACGGUGUGUGUGUGUGUGUGUGUGUGUGCCUGAGCUGCAGUGCAUCUGCUUGAGGUUCAAGGCCAAAGGGUCUUCUGCAAACACACACAGCAAGGUGUGGAACGGAUAGGAAUGGACUGAGGACGCAAAAAAAAAACAACAGCAACAAAAAUGAGUGGGAAGAAUGCACUCUGUAUGAAAUGUUUUGGAUUAUGUGUGCAUGUUGUUUGAACUGUAUCAUUGUGCUGAGGGACAUGAAGAUGAUAAUGCCACUUGAGCUGAACAACUUUCAAAUGUGGAGGCCGGGAUAAUGAGGGGUUAUGAACUCUGUGCACUACUGCUAUUUUCUUUUGCCUAUGUGGUCCUUGAGAAGUACAAAUGCCUUACCCUCAUGCCCAUGCCAAAGUAGCUAGAGUCUGUUUUGUUUGGGCGUAGAUAUUGUGCUUUUGUAACAAUCCUUUUUUGUAGCUGGCAAGCCUAAUGAUCCUUUUUGAAAAGGGGAUCCCAGUUUGAUGGAAGGCUUUUUUUUUCUCCAGUCUGAAGUCAUUACACCUCAUGCUCCCCUUUUUUCUUUGUUUAGAAAAGGUUUUGCCUCGACUCAUUUCUAAAUUGAGAAUGCGUGCCUUUGAAGCUUCAUUCAUUAUCACUCAACCAGAGUAUAGGUCCUCUUUUUUUUGAAAGCCAGUGUGGGGAUGUUACCGUCUUCUUAAUUAAUUGUUAUAAUUAUAAGGGAAAAUACAUUUCAAAGAGGCAAAGCAUCUGUCAAGGAUAUUUUGGGUAUACCCUCAGAUCUACUAGGAAUAUUUUGAUCUUGAUGAUUGAGAUCAACACUAGGGCAAAUUCUAUAAUCGUGAUCCUUAAAUGUUGUUUAAAAUCCAGCAAAAACGAAGAUGCUCCUACUUUCUUUUUCAGUCUUACCAUAUAAGUCUACAACAUUUUGGAAUAGACAGAUACAUUUAAGUUUUGUUUUAUGUUGUCCAGUUAAUGCAUGGUGCUUUUGACACAAUCUAAUUGCUGUGCGUUGUCUGUGUGUAACCGACCAUGAUCUGAAAUCCAAGUAUAUCCCUUUAGUUGGUGUCGAGAUCAGAGAGAUGAAGUUGCUUUGUCUCACACAAGACUGAACACUUAACGCUGUCUUAACACAGUCAGUCGCUGCACCGUGUGCAGUAUGCAGUAUGGCCUUUACCCCAGCUUUUGACAAAGGCUCGACCCAUCAACACCUCAAACACUUCUCAAAUGGAGAACAGAUGACCUGGAAGCACAUAAAAGAGGUCUGUUUUUAUCCCCCCAAAGUGAUGAAUGUAACGUCUGAUCCUUGCCGUGAUUUAAAGGCCAUUAAAGCAUGGCGGUAUAUUCUACCACACCCGAGGGGCCUUCUGACCGCGUGUGCAUCUGAAUAAUGGCCAGGGCGACAGGCCGUGGGGAAGAUGGAUGCACUGCGAGCAAGGAGCAGCGACAAGACGAGCUAUAUCAGGACCGUCCCAGACGGAGUGGAUAACGGCCGAGAUUUGUUUUGGUGGCUCUCCAGUGCCGGCUGUGUACUGCAGUCACCUUGCCUGCUGAUUCCAACGUCCAGGGGUGCUUUUCCCAAAACCAUAGUUGCUAACCUGUUAGCAACUUUGUUGGUUGCAAUGCAAUUUCCCAUUGCCAACCAACUAAGUUGCUAACUUAGUUAGCAACUAUGGUUUUGGGAAACGCACCCCAGAAAGCCACCUCACUUUCUGCAGGCACACUAUGUUGUUUUUGUUGUCAAAAAAAGGGCAAUGCUUCUGAACUUAGUGGUGAUGUACUUAUUAAAGUAUGAAAGAAAUACUGCUUUUUUUACACUUUGCUGCACACUAUGGGUUUUUUUUUUUUUUCAGGAUCCAGUCAAACGUUUUAUAGUGUUUGAUUACAUUAUUCAGCCCCUAAAAUGUAAAUUACCUGAAACUCAAAACGCAUAGUAAUGUUUUAGGCGCUCACAUCUCACUUUCCUUUUACAUUUGUAUCAUCAUGGAGGAUCCCAAAACCUUUUAUUAAUUUUUUUUUUUGUUUGUUUGCAGCAACAAAAAAAACAACAAAUAUUGUACCUUUGGCUCAUAGGCCUGUCCCCUCCAGGUCAGGCCCAUUCCUGACGGAAACCACUACAGUUUGGUCUGCAGCAUGACGCUGACGUAGUGGGUACCGGACAAAUUAGCGUUUUCCUGUUGUCCUGUCAGUGCUCUCACAGCUCUUUCACUGCUGACAGGCACAGUCAUAGUCUGUCUGCUAUGAAAGUCUGUUCUCCAAGUCUGCAUGGUCUUAAUUUCCUCCUCUGGGUGUUUUAAUCUACCAGAAGAGGCCCUCUUCACUUGUAUGUGGACUUCUCUGGAUGUGUUGUGUGUUUGUUUGUUUAUUUGUUUGUUGUUUGGUUGGUUGGUUGGUUGUUUCCUUGAAUACUGCAAUGUUCAUGUUUUAUUUGUUUUGUUUUGUUUUAUUCCUGUAGAAUGUGAGUAUGGUGUUUACAGAACAGAAGCCUUAGAGCUGGUAUAUGAGAAGAAGAGAACAAAAACAUGCUUUCAUUGUCAUUCAUUUUUGUAGUGUCGUUCAGGAACGCUCCAUCAAUUUUGCAUUGCAUUUGUAAGGGGUGAUGCUUUAUUCCUUUGACUUGAUUGGUAAUCACACACAUUUGCAUUUUUGUGUAAUGCUACAUUUUUUGAUGGUUUUGUCAAAAGGUCAAGUAUUGCAAAAAGGUUUGGCGGAAACUCUGAAUUUAUGAAUUGAUUGAAAAUGGCUUUUAAUGUUUCUAAGGGGUGGGGGGAUGUUAAAUAGCAGCAGUUUACAUUCUAAAUGUUAAAUGGUUAGCUUGCUUUAUCUCAGUUUCAGUGUGAAUCACAGAAAUAUGCUCUCUCACACACACACACUCACACUCUCACACACACACACACACACACUGUCCAGUAACACUCGGCCUUUUCUUUGAAUACUGCUGUAUUGAUCCGAUGUUCUCUUAUCUCUGUGAGAUGAAUGACCAGCACAAUCAAAAAUACUGUUUUCAUAUUGAAAAGUAAUGGGUUCAUCUUGUAUAGUAAAGCUGUGCAUGUAGAAAGUUGUUUAUUGUGUAUUUGUGUUGAGUUUCUUAAAUUUAAUAAAGCUAUUUACUGAC